AUGUCCGAGCUCCCAGUCUCCAGGGCCCCUGGCUUCUUGGAAAGGUACUACAUAUGUAGAGACACCACAGGUAUAAUGGGCCGCGGCUUCAACAUGUCGGUGAAAUUAAAUGAGCCCGUCUCCGAUCUUAUUUUAUCACAUGCUCUCAGACGCGUGAUUAUAUCUUGUCCGUACUUGACAGUGAACGCGUUUCUCACAAUUUCCGAAGAUACUCUCGCUGAUGGUAAGAACUAUCAUAUACGGCCUGUAAAAAGACUCUUGUUCUCAAAACUCGUUUACCGAAAGACCGUCAGGGAUUUUGAUGCCAGAGUUUUGGAAGACCUUUCGAGAGUCAGAUUACCAGUCAACCGGGGGAAGCCAGGGUGGUAUCUAACACGUAUCUCUGUAGAGUCAUCUGGUGAUCAAUACUUGACAUUCGCCUGCAACCACGUUAUGUUUGAUGGGCGCUCUGCUGUCAACUUUUUUGAUGAUCUCGUCAAGACUAUAGACAUUGUGUCGGGUUAUACGCUUUCGGAUGUCGCCGAAGUUCUUUUCGACUCUGAAGUAGAUUCACCUGGCAAAUUGAGGGAUUCAAGUGAAAACGUCACCAAUUUAUACGACAGUCCACUUUGGUUCAAGCUUUCAACAUUGGCCUCUCAAAUGUUGAUUCCUUCAUUCGUCCUGAAAUUGUUUUCCAGCUACGUAUGGCCGUCAUCGCCAAACUUCUACCAGCAUCCACCAUUCAAUUUAGUGCCUUUCAACGGACUGAACGAGGCCAAUUUCCGGAUCGUGCAUUUUAGUCGCGAAGAAGUCAGCUUGAUUUUGACACACUGCAAGCAAGAAAGAACAACAUUGACGCCGAUGAUGGCUGCCAGACUCUAUCUGGCAAUUGGCACAUCUUUCACGGCCCAUUUGGGUACGUUCUCUCAGUCAUGUGAAUUGAUUAUUUGUGGGAGACGAUACUUCCCCAAAGAAAAGCAAAUCACAAGGUACGGGCUCUUUUUCUCUGCUUUCACCUCCUACAUUGCUCCUGGCUUGUCCACAAAGGAUGCCACCGAAGUUUUGAAAAAAGGUCUUUCACAGGCUAUGAAAAAUAGACACUCCUUCUACAAGACGGGUCUUCUCCAACUUUUGAACAUAUGGAAUUACAUGAAACCAUAUGCUGAAGACAAAGCAGAAAGACAGACAUUCGAAAUUUCUAAUUUGGGCCGGGUGGAUAUUAGUGCCGGAAAAUGGCACGUGACCGACGUGGUGUUCAGUCAGGGAGUGACAUUUUCUCACAUCACUUUAUCGGUGAUCAGUACUCCCAAGGGGGGAAUGAAUGUAGUGAUCUCCUACCAUGAAGAUUUCUCGAAAGUUUCUGAGGGCGGUAUUUUGAUGGUCGACCGGUGUAUCGAAAAGUUCAGAGAGAAUAUGUUGGAUGUUUGA